UUCAUUUUCAACGACACACAGAAGAAGCCUUUCGCUGCAGCUGAUCAUGGACUUCAUUGAGCCCAUUCUGGGCAUUGCCUCGGAGAUCUACAGCCUGGUUGAGAAGGUGAAGGCCAAUAAGAAGCGCAGCCAACGCGUGUGUCGCCGAGUCAAAGCCCUGGACGAGCUGGUGAGGUCCAUCAAGAAGAGGGAGGCGGGACAGACCGCCGCCGAGGUGGAGACGGCCCUCAGGGAACUCUCCUUCACCCUGAAAUCGGCCAAGGCGCUCAUCGAGAAGUACACCCCGGCCAGCUGGGUGAAGCGCUUUCUGAAGGCCAGCGAUCACGAAGACGAGUUCAACAGCUUGAACGAACGCCUCAACGACGCCUUCCAGGUCCUGUCCGGCGCCCUGCAGCUGGAGCAGGGCUCCAUGCUGCGCCAGGUGUUCCUGAUGGCGUCCAGGGAGAAAGAGGACGAGGUGGACAGGAAGGAGGACGACGCCGAGCUGCAGACACUGCUGCUGCACUACAUGAAAGACCAGCAGGAGAAAACCGACGCCAUGCAGAAAGACAUGGAAUACAUCAAGAUCAACGUGGAAAAGGUCAUAGCACUCUUGAAUAAGCCCAGAAUCAUCAAUGAAGACAUCCGGAUGAUCAAACCACAGGAGCUGAACUACGAAUAUCCCAAGAAGCCCUUCAUGACGACACCGACCUCCGAGGUCUACAAAGGAGAGUACCGCCACUUCCCGGUGGCCAUCAAGAGAUACACCGACACCAUCGACAUCAGCCUGAGCGAGCUGCGGAAGGUUUUCAGGAAGGACGUUGAGACCAUGCAGCGGUUUGAGUCGCCCAACAUCCUGCGAAUGUUCGGCAUCUGCGUCCAGGACGAGGACGGACCCAGCCCUCAGUUCCUCAUCAUCAUGGAGUACUGUGAGAAGGGAAGUCUCCGUCAGGUUCUGGACUCAGAAGGUCUCGGUCUGUCCUGGACCACCAGAGCUUGUAUGUGUCGGGACGCGGCGCGAGGACUCUACCGGCUGCACCACACUGAGGAGAAGUCAAAGGUUCACGGAUGCAUCAACAGCAACAAGUUCCUGGUGGCCAACGGCAACAUCUUGAAGCUGGCAGGCUUUGAGCUAGCCAAAACCGAGACGUCGCUGAGGAAGAUGACGAAGAACAACGUUCCGGAGCUCACGCGGUCCCUGAGCUACUCGUCUCCAGAGAUGCUGCACGACAUCAACCACCUGUACAGCACGGCCUGCGAGAUCUACAGCUUAGGGAUCGUCCUGUGGGAAGUGGCAACAAGCAGAAAACCUUUCGAUGGUUUGUCAAACAAGGACAUCUAUGAGAAGGUGUGCAAAGAGAAGUUCAGAGAGGAACUUCCCCACGAUUGUCCCAAAGGACUAGCGGACCUAAUCGACGUCUGUCGGGACCAAGACCGCUUCCAGAGACCAUCUGCUGGAGUGCUGGUGGACCAGCUGCAGAGCAUGGUGGCCGAGUUAGAGAAGUCCUAAAGCCUCUUCCUACCCCCUCCUCUUCGUCAGCAGGGGACUGAGGCCUGUAACUUCUUAACGAUCCACACGAAAAGUUUACACUAAAAGCCGUACAUUUUUAUUUCAUUUUUUAAAGUUUGCUGCAUCCCAUAAUGUUCAAACCUGCAUUUGUACCUUUUAAAUGUCUUCAGGAUAGAUUGCAUGUGAAGUCGUGUUUAGAGCUAGAUGGUAUUUCAGGGACAUAGCGGCGCUACUUAUGAACCACUACGCUGUAAAUACUCUGUUCAUUCAUAAGAAGCACAUAAAACACUUACAACAACAA